AUGAAUCCAUUUGAUCAAAGCGUUAAUAGAGAUUGUUUGUUUAAUAAUGUAACAGGAAAAGCAGUUUCUCCCAAAGUUUGCGAUUUUUUGACCAAUGCAAACACGAUGGAUCACCAACAGAAGUUGCAAUUUUUGGAAGAAUAUGCAAGUUCGCCUGAUCGCUUUGAAAAACCAAUUAAAAGAAAUACUAUUUUGAAUUUUGCUUCAGAUUGCAUUAAAAAAGUUCAAAAAAGUUCGGAGGGCAAGCAAGCCAUACCCCCUAAAAAUCAUAUUGAAAUCAUUGACGGUUUUUAUUUCCUAAACGUUUUGGGUCCAUCGUUUCCGCAAACUUUUGGAAAAAUAUCUGAACAUGUAUUGCGAAAGAUUUGUGGUAAAGAUGCAUUGGAAAUACAUUUAGUUUUUGACAGAUAUUUGUCCCCAUCGAUUAAAGAUGCAGAAAGGCACAAUCGACAGGAGGUCGACAUUCCAUUUUCAAUUGUUGGACCUUUACGAAAAAGACAACUUGAUUUUAAUAAAAGCCUCAAAAAUUUUAGGUUUAAAGAGGCACUUGUUGAAUUUUUUGUACAGUACUGGGAAGAUUAUUCUAUGACGUCGUUUAUUCAAAACAAAACAGUUUUCAUUACUGUACAAGAACGGUGCUACUCUUACCGUUCUGUUAAUGGAAGAAUUUUCAAAAAGGAGGAGGGAGAUUUUGAAUGUCAGCACGAAGAAGCUGACACUCUUAUACUUUUUCAUAUGAAUAAAAUCAAUCAAAAUUCGACAAUAUUAGUAACCGUCUCUGAUACCGACGUUCCAAUUAUUUUACUAGGUAACAUCCAUACAUUUCCUGAUAUGGACAUUUACCUAGUAACUUCCUUUGCGCACAAAGAAGAUUUUAAGUGCUAUAGUAUAAAUGAUGUCGCAACUUCUCUGAGUCCAAAUAUCUGCCGUGCCUUGUCAGCUUUUCACGCAUUUAUAGGCUGCGACUACACUGCAACGUUUUAUAGACAAGGAAAAGUACCACCCUUUAAGUUGUUGCAGAAAAAUGACUAA